GGCUCUCCAUCUGCCUGGCUCCCUGGGACCCGGUCCCCAGCCUCAGGAUGGCGUCCUCCCUGCUCGAGGAGGAAGCUCACUAUGGCUCCAGCCCCCUGGCCAUGCUGACCGCGGCAUGCAGCAAGUUCGGCGGCUCCAGCCCUCUGCGGGACUCAACCACGCUGAGCAAAACAGGCGCCAAGAAGGCCUACCCCGUGGGCAGUGACCUCUCGGCCCCCAAAGCCAUGGGCGAUGCCUACCCAGCCCCCUUCGCGAGCACCAACGGGCUGCUCGCCCCCGCAGGGAGCCCUCCGGCGCCCGCCUCUGGCUAUGCCAACGACUACCCUCCCUUUCCCCACUCAUUCCCCGGGCCCGCGGGCACCCAGGACCCCGGGCUGCUCGUGCCGAAAGGGCACAGUUCUUCCGACUGCCUGCCCAGCGUCUACACGUCUCUGGACAUGACACACCCCUACGGCUCCUGGUACAAGGCGGGCAUCCACGCAGGGCUCUCGCCGGGCCCAGGGAACGCCCCUGCCCCCUGGUGGGAUAUGCAUCCCGGGGGCAACUGGCUAGGAGGCGGGCAGGGCCAGGGCGAGGGGCUGCAGGGCGCGCUGCCCGCCGGCCCUGCCCAGCCGCCGCUCAACCCCCAGCUGCCCACCUACCCCUCCGACUUCCCCCCGCUGAACCCGGCCCCCUACCCGGCUCCGCACCUCCUGCAGCCUGGUCCCCAGCAUGUGCUGCCCCAAGAUGUCUACAAGCCCAAGGCCAUGGGCAACAGCGGGCAGCUGGAGGCGGGCGGCGGAGCCAAGCCCUCGCGGGGCGCGGGCAGCGGGGGCAGCGGGGGCUUCGGGGGCAGCGGGGCCGGGCGCUCGUCCUGCGACUGCCCCAACUGCCAGGAGCUCGAGCGCUUGGGGGCGGCGGCCGCGGGGCUGCGGAAGAAGCCCAUCCACAGCUGCCACAUCCCCGGCUGCGGCAAGGUCUACGGCAAGGCCUCGCACCUCAAGGCCCACCUGCGCUGGCACACGGGCGAGAGGCCCUUCGUCUGCAACUGGCUCUUCUGCGGCAAGAGGUUCACCCGCUCCGACGAGCUGGAGCGCCACGUCCGCACCCACACCCGGGAGAAGAAGUUCACCUGCCUGCUCUGCUCCAAGCGCUUCACCCGCAGCGACCACCUGAGCAAGCACCAGCGCACCCACGGCGAGCCGGGCCCCGGCCCGCCGCCGGCCAGCGGCCCCAAGGAGCUGGGCGAGGCCCGCGGCGCCGGGGAGGAGGAGGCCGGCCAGACGCCCCGGGCCUCCGCCUCACCGGCCCCUCCCGAGAAGGCCCCGGGGGGCAGCCCGGAGCAGAGCAACCUGCUGGAGAUCUGA